AUGAGCUCCCCACCCGAAUAUACCCUCUCCCUCGUCUCCUCUGAAGAUGACUUUCUCGCUCUCGCUACCGUCAAAGACUCCGCCUUCAAAUCCUCCGCCUUCGCGCAACUGAAGCUGGGUCCCAACACCGACCUCGCCGGCUUAGCGAAGUACCUCCUCGGGAGCUGGAAGUCAGACCCAGAAGCGCGCUUCAUGAAGGCAUCGCUCCCCUCUGGCCAAAUCAUCGGCUUCGCCAAAUGGAACUUCUUCUCGACCACCGACUACCACUAUCCCUUUCCCACCGAGUUUCUCGAGACUGGCCAGCCGAGCCUGUGUAAGAUGUUCUUUGACGGGCUGGCGAAGGUUAUGAACGAGAAGAUGAAGGGGAAGAAGUUUAUUUACAUGCAUUUCCUGGCGGUUGAUCCAAAGUUCCAAAGGAUGGGAAUAGGGAAGAAGCUAUGUGAUUGGGGGCUGAAGUACGCGGAUGAGAAAGGGUUGGAGGCCUACAUUGACGCGAGUCCUGAGGGCAAGGGUCUCUAUGAGAAGUGCGGAUGGCAAGUCAUUAACACUUUGGAUAUCGACUUGUCAAAGUGGGGAGGGCCGAAGGAGAUUUCGACGUCGUACAACAUGUGGAGGCCACUUGGAGGGGUGGCCGAGAAUAGCGAGAAAGUGUAA